AUGCAAAUAAUAAAAGCCAUUAUGUAUGUUGAGGAUGAUAAAAUCAACGAAAGGUUUAACGAAGCAUCUGGUAAAGGUAAGCCUGCUAAAAUUGGAAAUGAGGAGCGAUCGGUGGUUCUGGGAGUUUUAAAUAUCAAAUCUAUAAUAACAAAAUUCAGCUCUAUUUAUGGUUUGAUUCACGAAGGCCUGGACAUCUUUGUUUUGACGGAGAGCUGGCAUGGUUUGGCAGAUAAUAUUUCCAUUGGGUUAUCAAUGCCACCUGGCUAUCAGUUUGUAGACCGUUUAAGAUCGCACGUCCCACACCAUGGAGAAUGUGUUGCAAUCAUAAGUUCCCGUAUUUUGUUAGCGGGAGAUUUUAACAUUCCCAUGGAGAGGUCGAACAAUCCAAACGUUGUUAAUUUACGUGAAAUAUUUGAAAUGUUUCAGUUGAUUAACCACAUAGAUGAACCAACGCAUACUCCAGGAGAAACGCUCGAUCUAAUUGUGACGUCACACAAUAUAGCGGUCACUGAAGCAAAGGUUUAUCCUAGUGAAAUUUAUUCUGAUCAUGGUUUGGUACUGAAAGCAACAUCGACCAAAGUGCUAUCGAAGAGCAAGUCCAUGAUAUCAAAGCAAUAA